GGUUAAAAUACUUCCUGUUUGAUCAAAGUAGGCGUUAAGACUUUGACAUGCUGGCUUUCAAAACGCAUAGAAAGACCGAGCACUCAUAGGGGUAGGACGAUAAGAAACUCUGAAAACAGUUUGGACCAACGCGACCAAGGUGAUUAACGCCACGCCCAACAUGGCCAGGAACACACAAGGAGAGAGAGAGGAGAGGAUAGUGGACAACUACGCUACCAGUGAGAGCCUCAGAGAUCAACACCAGGACUGUGUGGGGACAGAGGGGUCCUCCAAUACUCUGGGAACAGUAAGAAGUCAGCAGCCGGACCCUGUGAGCCCUCCUAGGUGUCAGAUCAGGGCUGUGGUGGUGCUUCUGGUCCUGCUGUCUGUUGCCCUGCUGGCUGGACUGCUUCGGUUUGUAGUGCAACACAAGACCGUAUGCAUGGACAGAGACGUGGAGCAACUUCUCCAGAGGCUGAAGAAUGUGACAGAGCAACACAAGACCGUAAGCAUGGAGGUUGAGCAACUUCUCCAAAGGCUGAAGAAUGUGACAGAGCAGAGAGACACACUGCUUUGUAAACAGGAAUGUCGAGGUGGUUGGGAUAAGUUUGGUUGUAAAUGUUACCAGGUUUCCAACGCGUUGGGAUCCUGGAAUAAGAGCAGGGAGCUCUGUGUUUCCGACGGAGCAGAUCUGGUGGUGGUGGAAAGUAAAGAGGAGAUGGACUUCAUUAGCAGGUACAGCGGGGCCCCCUGGCUCGGAGCGACAGAUGAGGCCAGUGAAGGGGUGUGGAGAUGGGUUGAUGGGACCGUCCUGUCAGUGGAUAACCCCUCCUGGAGAAGAGGGAAACCUGAUGGUGGCAAGAACAAGAACUGCUUAAGGAGGGACCGGGGGCGGCAGCCCAACAAUAAAUGGACAGAUGAGAGCUGUGAAGACUACAGAUAUGGGCUUUGUGAAUAUCAUUUAAUGACAUGAUGGAUGAAAACAUUUCUUUGUCUGACAGAUGUGUUUCUUUGACUAUUUUUUUUAUCUUAAUGCCAACUAACAUUCGUUGUUUUGUUUCAUACUUGUUGAGUUCUGCCAUUCGAUCAGAGCUGUGAUUGGCUGCAAGGUUUUAUAUCUCCUUAAAAGGAGAUGACAUGAAGAAUCCACUGGUCACUGCAGGAGCUGUACAUAGAUGCUGCUCUUGUUACAUUAUUAUUUUCAAUGUUUCCACAGUUGCUCUCGGUGUUGGAGGCUGAGGUUAGGCGGUAAAUAGUCAUGACAGUCAUUGGCUGGAUUUCAGUUGCUGCAAACCACACUAGUUCUCUAUUUAGGGCUUCAUUUGCUGCCUUUGCCCCUUCAGCUUGUUUAAUAACUUUUCCAUUGAAAUGUAUCUCGUCUUUGUCACCAUACAGUGAUCACUAUAAAACACUAUUAAACACUAUAAAUUAUCUGUUGGUUCUACGGUGUUCAGAGUAACAGUAGACUUGUGUCUUGGUGUCUGAAUGGGAUUGUAGGUCUGCACUUAGUUUUGCGUUACUGGAUGAACACUUUUGAAGGUACAUAUGCAUACAUGCAUUCUCAUACAUACAGUAAUUUGUAAAUUGCAUACGUACAUUUUGUUUCCAUUCAGCUGUGUUUGCUGUAGUGAAUUUGACCUUUUAUUAAAGCAGCUCUUGAUUAAUA